UUCAUUGAAUUGUUGAAACUUGGAAGGCAGUCCCACUUUGAUCCAUUCUUCCUUUCCCCUCAAGAACCUGCAUCUUCAACUUCAACUUCAAUCUCACACGCCUUCUCCACUUCUUGUUUGCUCACCUACCUUACCCUAAUCUGAUCCCUUCUUCCUCUCCUCUACUUUCGUACUGUUGCCAUUAUCGAUUAACUUAAGGAAAACCAGAGGAAUAAUCCAAUUUUAGGGGUUUAAUCGAUCGAUUAUUUCGAAGAGAUUGUUAUGACUCAUGUGUAUGGGAAUGAGGCUUCUAGCUCGAGCACUAGCUUGAAUAGCUCACAGGAUACAGAGGAUGAUCACACGAUUGCCGCAAUGUUAGCCGAGGAUGAGAAAUUAAGGUUUGAUGGGAAGCUUGGCAAAAGGCUUUCUCAUUUGGAUUCGAUCCCGCACACCCCUCGGGUUAUUGGGGAUAUACCGGAUCCAAAUCAUGCAACCUUAGACCAUGAGAGGCUAGCCGAGAGGAUGUCGAUUUAUGGCUUAGCUGAAAUGCAAAUCGAAGGAGACGGAAAUUGCCAGUUUCGAGCCCUUGCGGACCAGCUAUUUCAAAAUCCCGAUCAUCACAAGUACAUAAGAAAGAAGGUUUGCAAACAGCUGAAACGCCACAGAAAGCUAUAUGAAAGCUAUGUCCCCAUGAAAUACAGUCGCUAUGUGAGGAAGAUGAAACGAUUGGGAGAGUGGGGCGAUCACGUGACUCUACAAGCAGCUGCGGAUCGAUUUGAAGCCAAAAUCUGUUUGGUCACUUCUUUUCGCGACUCGGGCUACAUCGAAAUCCUUCCAAAAAUCGGAAAUCCCACUAAAGAGCUGUGGCUGAGCUUUUGGAGCGAAGUUCAUUACAACUCUAUAUACCAAGCUGGAGAGGUUCCUACGAGACCAUACCGGAAAAAGCAUUGGUUAUUCUGAUGAUUGCCCCGGCGGAGACGACAACGGCGACAACAACAAUGUAAGUUUAGCGGUUUACUUUGGAAAUUACUUUUUUUUUUUUUAACAGCGGCAUCUCUUGACACUAUUGUCUUGGUGAUAAAUUUCUCUGAAGGAAAAAUCUGCAUAUGAUAAAAUGUAUUGUAAUUAGUUCUUCUCUUCUUCUUCUUCCAUGUGUAUAUUUAUACUGCUCUUCGAUAUAGGCUUUGUUUGUCUUUUA